UUGGUGUGUAUAUUGUAUUGUAUUGUGCUCUGUGUUUGAAAUUUGCAAAUAGGCAAAUUAUUUUUCAAUAAAAUAACAAAACUGACGUGUACCUACAGUUAAAACCGUAUAUAAAUUUGUUGUUUCAACUUAUUAAUGUAGUUUAAUCACAAUGUCGGAAACCGAGAGACUCGCGGAAAAUGUCGGACCGCCAAGAGAAUUAUCUGAGCGAGAGAUAUACUUCAAGGCCCUGCGAUUAUGGCUGCAACAAGCGCAAAUGUACCAGAAUCUAUCGACAUGUUUCCCUUACUACAUGAUGUCACUGCAAGGGCUGCAGAGCAACACCACAAACGUACCUUUGCUGAAUAACAACUAUCAGUUUCAAGGACAGCAGCUGGCUUUCCAAGCGCCAGAUCCUCCGAGACCGCCGGCAGAUAACCAGGCGGGGCAGCAAGAACUACAGACCCCAGCAGAAACUAUAGCCAGGCAUGGAGGGUAUGAGUAUUUGAUACCGCCGUUAUAUAAAAGAGUGAUGGCCGAGCUAAUUGAUUUCAUCCUUCUGUUUAUAAUUAAGCUCCUCGUAACAUUUAUGGCUGUGGAUAUGUUUGAGGUUAUUAACCUCGAGAAGUUUGAUUUAUACAAGUUCACCGAGCAUUAUGAUGAUUACAAGUUUGCAUUGGAACUGACAUCUGAAAUACUUGUAGUAGAAAUGAUCUAUAGAAUUGGAGUUUGCUUAUAUGAGGCAUUUUGUCUGAGCAGCACCGCGGGACGGUCUGGUGGUGCGACUCCUGGCAAAGCGAUAAUGGGCCUCCGUGUACUCACCGCCUCAGCCGUCAUACCAGUGGAAGGCAGACCCAUCGACACAGUUCUAAUAUACCCCGGCACACAAUUAAGUUUCCAAAUAGCAUUAUUGCGCUCCUUGAUGAAGAAUGUCCUGAUAACGCUGCUGUUUCCUCUCUGCGUUGUUUUGUUCAUGUUCCGCCACAACCGCACGGGCUACGACCUGCUGUGCGGUGUUAUAGUUGUCGAGGAGAACAUUUUCCCUCAGAGAAGACACGCUCCGUAAUCGUUGUCGUAUUAUUUAUUUAGACACCCAAUGAGCCAGUUCUGAUAUACCCCAGAAAACAAUUUAGCUUCCCAGUAGCAAUACUACUCUUCGUGAUGAAUUAUAUCCUCAUAUCGCUGCUGUUUCCUCUCUGCGUUGUUCAUGUUCCGCCACGACCAGCAUUGGACAACAUCCCUCCGUCGUUGAUAUAUUUAUUAUUUAUUUACAUAGCCAAUACGACGGUUCCUUUAGACCUCGGCAAACAGCUUCCGAUGAAGAAUAUCCUCAUAGCGCUGUUGGUUAAUUCUGUUUUCCUGUUUCUAUCACCAUUACAGUGUGGUAGAAAUUGGGGAAUGAGGCAAAGAGCGUCUGGAAUUUACGCUUGAUGAGUUAUGCCCGUGAUUAACCUUUUUUAAGUAAUUAUCAAGAGCCCAUAACAGUUUUCUGCUGGAUUAAAGGCUUCCUUAACGCGAGGGUUUACCCAUGAACACCGCGCUGUGCAGACGGGUUGGGGAUCGGGUAGAUUGUAGUAGAAGCAUAGAGGAUACUACUGCCCAUUCUCCGUUAUAUUGUCUUAGUCGCCUCGUACGACAUCAGCGAGACGAAAGAUGGGUGGUGACCCAUGGGUAGUUAAAAAUUCAUAACAAUUAAUUAUACCAUAGUAAGGUAUGUUAGUAAGUAAUGGAUAUUUCUUAAAUUGUUUAAUAAAUAAUUUUCUCGUUACCAAGUCUUCCGGUAACAGUCUCGCUCUAAUAAAAGGAAAGGCGUCUUGUUUUUAUAUUUUCUUUAUUUUUUUGUGGUGUACAACAGAAGAAGCCGGCAAGAAACUCAGCAGUGGCUCUUUUCCAACAUCAACAAUUUACAUUUUGCAUUUUAACAUUCAUUUUUCUAUCUUGUGAGAGAUAAAAGCGGAGCUGGAUGCGUCCAAGCAACUUUGUCAUCAUGUCAAUCGACUUUAUUUUUUAAAUCCUUAGUUCUUCCACACUUCUACUCGUUUCGUUUGCAAAACUAAAAUGACUUUACCGGAAUAAUAAAUGAAUUGGCGGUUCAUUUGAAUUUGAUACGAAAUUUUUUUGAAAAUAUUACAGUGAAUAGUUAAAGAACUAAUUUAAUUAACUGCAGCUGUCAUAUAAGCUGUUUAGCUUUAGGUAACCAAAGAUAUUGCAUUCAUUGAUGUCGGUUAUUGAAAAUCUAGAUGUUAACAUUAAAAUUAUUAUGUAACUAUGUAAGAGACAAUGUACCUAUUAAAAAUAACUUGUACAAAUGAAUGAAAAUAAAAAAAAAUAUAUUAAGUAGGAUUAAAUAUAAGAUUAGAAAAACCAGUGCUUAGUACCAUGUUCAUAUUCAUGAUUAAGAUAUAAAAAUAUAUGUAAAAUUCAAUACAGGUGACUAACGCGUUCGACAAAAUUCUAGAAAUAAAUAUGAAAUUCGUCGACAUA